AUGUCUAACCUUCCCAUCGAGCCCGAGUUCGAGCAGGCCUACAAGGAGCUUGCCUCCACCUUGGAGAACUCCACUCUUUUCCAGAAGAACCCCGAGUACCGCAAGGCUCUCGCCGUCGUCUCUGUCCCCGAGCGUGUCAUCCAGUUCCGCGUCGUCUGGGAGAACGACAAGGGUGAGGUCGAGGUCAACCGCGGUUUCCGUGUCCAGUUCAACUCGGCCCUGGGCCCCUACAAGGGUGGUCUCCGUUUCCACCCCUCCGUCAACCUUUCCAUCCUGAAGUUCUUGGGUUUCGAGCAGAUCUUCAAGAAUGCUCUGACCGGUCUGAACAUGGGUGGUGGUAAGGGUGGAUCCGACUUCGACCCCAAGGGCAAGUCCGACAGCGAGAUCCGUCGCUUCUGUGUUUCCUUCAUGACCGAGCUUUGCAAGCACAUCGGUGCCGAUACCGAUGUCCCCGCCGGUGAUAUCGGUGUCACUGGCCGUGAGGUCGGCUUCCUGUUCGGCCAGUACCGCCGCAUCCGCAACCAGUGGGAGGGUGUCCUCACCGGUAAGGGCGGCACCUGGGGUGGUAGCUUGAUCCGUCCCGAGGCUACCGGAUACGGUGUUGUCUACUACGUUGACCACAUGAUCAAGCACGCCACGGACGGCAAGGAGUCCUUCGCCGGCAAGCGUGUCGCCAUCUCCGGUUCCGGAAACGUGGCUCAGUACGCCGCUCUCAAGGUCAUCGAGCUGGGUGGAUCCGUUGUGUCUCUGUCUGACAGCCAGGGCUCGCUGGUCGCCAAGGAUGGCAGCAGCUUCACCCCCGAGGAGAUCGACAUCAUCGCCAAGCUGAAGGUCGACCGCAAGCAGAUCGCCUCCAUCUCCGGCACCGACGCCUUCGCCUCCAAGUUCCGCUACAUCCCCGGUGCUCGCCCCUGGAUCCACGUCGGUAAGGUCGACGUUGCCCUCCCCAGUGCCACCCAGAACGAGGUCUCCGGCGAGGAGGCUCAGGCCCUGAUCGCCGCCGGCGCCAAGUUCAUCGCCGAGGGUUCCAACAUGGGCUGCACCCAGGCCGCCAUUGACAUCUUCGAGGCCCACCGUGAGGCCAACGCCGGCGCUGCCGCCAUGUGGUACGCCCCCGGUAAGGCCGCCAACGCCGGUGGUGUCGCCGUCUCCGGUCUCGAGAUGGCCCAGAACUCGGCCCGUCUCAGCUGGACUGCCCAGGAGGUCGACGCUCGCCUGAAGGACAUCAUGGAGUCGUGCUUCAAGAACGGUCUCGACACCGCUCGCGAGUACGCCACCCCCGCCGACGGUGUGCUGCCUUCCCUGGUCACCGGUAGCAACAUUGCCGGUUUCACUAAGGUCGCUGCCGCCAUGAAGGACCACGGUGACUGGUGGUAA